AACAGAUUGUUUGUAGCAACAAGAAUCCUCGAUUCGAUAACAGCGGCCUCGCCUCGGUGGCACCUUCUGUGGGGAGUUGUUUGCAGUGUUUAGGCUACAACAGAAUAAGCAUAGAUGGACGAGGACAUGCAAGAAGUCGAACACAACUCACUUAAAACCGGUGAUGUAUACAAAGUUGAUAAGGAUCUCCCAAAACGGUUUAACAACCCUGACUGCUUCCAAGGCUACAGCAAAAGGGUGAUCCAUCCACUCUAUCAGACAAGUAACCAGAUAUAUGGAAGCAGGAAGCCCACCGUCCAUGAAAUGCCCGUGAUUUUCAACGGGAGCUAUCGGAAAUUCUCUGAGCAUCUGCUCAAGACUGGAAUGUACCGAGAUAGCAGUUUCAACACGUCUCUGGAUAAGAGCAUCGUUUCACGGCCAUGCACCAUUGCAAUGCUUCACGACCCUCCCCGCUCGCACUUCUAUCCACCGGACGGGAAGGAGUGAGUGAUAAGUCCGAGUUCCGAAGGAGUGUGUCCCAGGCUACUCGCAACAGCAACCGCAAUAAAAGCUUCCUUGGGAUGCACUGUAGCCCAAAAACAAUACCCAACCAUUCCCUCUAUGGAUUAUAUUUAUCCAGGUUUAUAUAGCACCAUGCUGUUUAUACGAAUUAUGAUGUAAAUAAAUGCAACUUCUUGCAGAGAUUGUAAGAUUGUUGUCUUGUAUGGUGUUUGUUAUUUAGCAGUACUAAACUACAUGUUAAUGCACUACUCAAUCAAGACUUGUGUACUUGUACGGGAUUUCUAAAUUAAAAUAACUCAAAACAUG